GAGGCUGGCGGAAGCACGACAGCAGUGACCACAGCAGCAUGGAGCCCCGGGAAGCUGGCACAGAGCCCACAUGGCUGCAGGAUGAAGAUGAAGAGCCGUGGCCCGAGUUCCCUCCCAGCUCACCCUCAGGGGAGACCACCAGCCCCACGUCCUCAAAGUCCCCCACACUCUCCCCAGCUGGCACCUCCGAGGGCUCGGCAGGCAGUGAGAGAGCUCCACCAGUGGAGAAGGAACAGGACCAGGCACCCCCCGGGAGAGCAGGGCUGCGGCCGAGGUUGGAAGCGGCUGGGGGCCGACCACGUGCAAGUGCCCGGGCACAGGGACGCAGUGCCAUCCUGGAGAAGUUUGGAGGGGCAGCCAAGGGUGCGGCUCCCCACCUGAAGCGGACAGGCAGCACAGCCAUGGUGAAGACCAUGCUGCUGGAGUGGUGCCGUGUCAGGACCCGCGGCUACCAGCAUGUAGACGUGCAGAACUUCUCGGGGAGCUGGGGCAGCGGCCUGGCCUUCUGUGCCCUGCUCCACAGCUUCUUCCCGGAUGCCUUCGACUACAAUGCCCUUGAGCCCAGUGCCCGCCAGCACAACUUUACCCUGGCCUUCUCCACUGCCAAGGAGCGGGCUGGCUGUGCCCCACUGCUGGAUGCGGAGGACAUGGUGCGGCUGCCAGUGCCCGAUGCCAAGUGUGUCUACACCUACCUGCAGGAGCUAUACCGCUGCCUGGUGGCCAAGGGGCUGGUGAAGACCAAGAACCGCUGAGGGGGAGUUCCCCUACCCUGCAUCACCCCCUUGCUUCAUUCCCUGAUUUGUCCCUAGCAGUAAAA